AAAUCCCAACCCCCGCCGUCCUUAUACUCCGGCCGACAAGGUGAGUGGCACCUCCUCCACGACACCAUCGGCAUAUCCGCCAUGCACAUGCAACUCCUACGUAACGACAAGGUCGUCAUGUUCGACCGCACCGACUUCGGCCCCUCCAACCUACCUCUCUCCGACGGCCGUUGCCGCUUCGACUCCACCGACACCGCCCUCCAAGUCGACUGCACCGCCCACUCUCUCCUCUACGACAUCCACACCAACACCUUUCGCCCCUUAAUGGUUCAAACCGACGUCUGGUGCUCCUCCGGCGCUGUCCUCCCCGACGGAACCCUCAUCCAAACAGGCGGUUACAACGACGGCGACCACGUGGUGCGCACCUUCACCCCCUGCGACGACGACAACUGUGAUUGGCUCGAGUUCCCUAAUUACUUAUCCGAACGUAGAUGGUACGCCACUAACCAAAUCCUCACGGACGGUCGCGUCAUCAUCGCCGGCGGCAGAAGGCAAUACAACUACGAAUUCUACCCGCGAAACCUCGACGACGUGGAAAACACUCAUUCGCUUAAUUUUUUGAAAGAAACCAGAGAUCAAGAGGAGAACAACUUGUAUCCGUUCCUGCACCUUCUGCCGGACGGAAAUUUGUUCAUCUUCGCCAACACGCGAUCGAUCUCUCUCGAUUACAAUCGAAACCGCGUGGUGAGAGAGUUCCCUUCGAUCGCCGGAGGCAAUCCUCGGAACUAUCCGAGCUCGGGCUCGUCCGUUCUGCUUCCGUUGGACGAAACUGAAGGCGGCGCCGUCGAUGCCGAGGUUAUGGUCUGUGGCGGCGCGCCGCGCGGCGCGUUCUCGCGGGCAGCGCAGGGAAGCUUCGUGCGCGCGAGUUCAACCUGCGGGCGUUUGAAGGUUAACGAAGAAAAUCCCAAGUGGGCGAUGGAGAAAAUGCCGAUGGCGCGGGUGAUGGGCGACAUGCUGCUGCUCCCAACCGGCGACGUGAUUAUAAUCAACGGCGCGGAGUCAGGAACCGCCGGGUGGGAGGACGGGAGGGACCCGGUGACUAGACCGGUGGUUUACCGGCCUUCGAGGGAGGUGAACCGGCGAUUCUCGGUCAUGGACCCGUCGUCGAGGCCGAGAAUGUACCAUUCGUCGGCGGUGUUGCUGACGGACGGCCGCGUUCUGGUCGGCGGCAGCAACCCGCACAAGUACUACAACUUCACCGGCGUGGACUACCCGACGGACCUCAGCCUGGAGGCGUAUUCGCCGCCGUACUUGUCGCCGGAGUACACGUCGGUGCAGCCUAGAAUUCUGUCGGCGAGUGACGUUUUGGGGUAUCAGGAGUCAUUCUCCAUCACAUUUGCAGUGUCGGAGUACUUCUCGUCGAGCUUUGUAUCGGUGACGAUGGUUGCGCCAUCGUUCACCACGCAUUCGUUUGGGAUGAAUCAGAGAAUGGUGGUGCUGAAGGUGGAGGGGGUGCAGCCGGUGGCGUCUGAUACGUAUACGUUGUCGGUAGUUGGACCGUCCAAGGCGGAGAUCGCCCCGCCGGGUUACUAUAUGUUGUUCGUGGUGCAUGCUGAUAUACCAAGCUAUGGGAAGUGGGUGAAAAUCCAGAAAUAG